UGAGGUAUGUUGUUCAAAUCGUUAGCGACCUAUUGAAGUUUGAAGGUCCGAAUGUAUGGCGAAUAUCGAAACUCAAACCAAUUUUACCACGGUGAAAAACGAUUGGAACCAUUUCCCUAUUUGACCGCGAAAUUUUACGAGUAUUAUUACUCAUUCUGUGGUAUUUUAGCACAGAUAGAACAAUGAGACAGAUGUAUAAAUGUGAAGCAUGCGCUUGGUAUUUCCAUUCACUACACAAUAUGGUAGUGAGAGGAAGCCCACUGGCGAGCAGUGGCUGAAGAUGGCUCGAAAUGGAUUUGGGCCGACAUUCAGCGCAUGUUCUCAUCGAUGAAACAUUUGAUCUCAAGACAGUUUUAUAUUCCCAAAACCAAAAUAUGUUAUGAACAGAACUGGACUAAGUUUUGUUGAUUUUGCCCUUUGCAAAAGUUGGGAAAAAAUCGCGUUGUUUAGAAGGUAUGCAAAGGCGAAUUGAGUUAUUGCACACGCGCACUUCAAAGUAGGCGUUCCCUAACGGAAAAAUGCAGAUGUCACGCCAAUAGGAGCUCGUGCUUGGCUCUGCCCUUACUUGUUCUGCCCACUAUGACUCAUUUGCUCCUAUUGGAAACGACAGGCUAUGGUCUCUUGGUUUAGUUAGAAAAAAAUCUUUGACUCUUUUUUUCUUUAUCAACCACCGGCAUGCGCAGUUCGCAUGUUUAUUCACACUUCCUGGUCCGGAAUUUGGAAAACUGCACGGCAGGAGCGGGGUGAAAAGUACAGCAGUGCACAGUGGACCCAUAGGGCAGUGAUCCGCAAAGACACUUCGCGACCUACUCAACUACCGCAGGUGGAAAGAUGUUCUGGUGAUCUGGGUAUGGAAAGCUGGGCCUUUGUUGUCAGCUCUGGGUGACAUGAAAUGCCGCUGCGAUCGCUACCUGGUGCCGACUCUACGAACAUGGCCUCGCCACUGCCCCCCUGCACAGCUGUCAUGUACUCUGCCCUGGCAAUCGUCGCGCUUCUCCUGCUCUCGGCGACUGCUGUGAAUGCCUCCCAAGGCGACAAGGAGCCAGUUUACCAAGGCUGUGUCACGCAAUGUGUCCGGACCAACUGCACCGGAGCUCGGCUCAGAGGUUUUCAGUCUACACAAGCGCCUUACAUGGCGCUGACAGGCUGGACAUGUCGUGAUGACUGCCGGUACCAGUGCAUGUGGCAAACAGUGGGACUGUACCAGGCUGAAGGCUACAGCAUCCCACAGUUCCAUGGAAAGUGGCCAUUUACGCGGUUCCUGUGCUUCGAGGAGCCAGCAUCUGCUCUGGCCUCUCUGCUCAACGGCCUGGCCUGCCUUCUGAUGCUGCUGCGCUACCGCAGCUCUGUGCCACGCCAGAGCCCCAUGUAUUACACCAUCACCGCCUUCUCUCUGGUUUCUCUCAAUGCUUGGUUCUGGUCCACAGUGUUCCACACCCGGGACACCUAUCUCACUGAGAAAAUGGACUACUUCUGCGCAUCUGCUGUCAUCCUCUACUCCAUCUACUUAUGCUGUGUGAGGACGUUGGGGCUGAAGAGGCCGGGGGUGUCCAGCAUGGUAGGGGUUCUGCUCAUCCUGGCCUUCACCUCCCACGUGUCUUACCUGACCUUCGUCAGCUUCGACUAUGGUUACAACAUGGCUGCCAACGCCACCAUAGGCAUAGUGAACCUGCUGUGGUGGCUGUGUUGGUGCUGGCAGAACCGGCGGACACUGCCCUACUGGUGGAAGUGUGGCGUGGUGGUGGUGCUGCUCCAUGGCCUGGCCCUGCUGGAGCUGCUCGACUUCCCGCCACUGUUCUGGGUCCUGGAUGCCCAUGCAGUCUGGCACCUCAGCACCGUGCCUGUGCAUUUCCUCUUUUACAGUUUCUUGAUAGAUGACAGUCUCCAUCUACUCAACACAGAGAAGACUGGUGUGAAACUGGAGUAGCAGGAGCUCAUCACCACUUAAUCCCACCUCUUUCCUCACUCACCAAUCAAGGCAGCCGGACACCAGAAUGGGGUGGAGCUCAGUCGCCAUGGCUACCUGCACGGCACCUAUGAAUCUAUGAAUUCAAUCAAAGUAUAGACUUUUUUGUUUACUUUUUCAUGUUUUUUGGGGGGGGUUGUUGAAAUUAUUUGAAAUAUUUAUUUUUCACAUGAGAUUUUUCUUGACUUGAUGUUUGCAUUCAGUAAGCUUUGCCUUGUAUAGAGUUAGAAAUAAGGCCCCUUUGUCAUCAAACUUAAUCGAAAUACUAUAUUGAUUCAUAGAAUCCUGGACAUUUACACAGUAGACCCGAUGCACAUUGGGUAUCCACCGGCAAUCGUACGCAUGCAUAUCGAUUUAAUUGAAGGCCUCUACAGAAUAGGCAUCGUAGGCUUGAAGUUAGCCCCAUAACAGGCACUGAACGCAUUAGCUGUGUCAAAAUCGGGCAGACAUUUUGAAAGUGAUCGAAAACGGGCCUUCAUUCCUGGGUCAUGUUCAAUAGGCACGAAACGGAAGAAAGUGGUCUGAAACGGAGAGGUUCCAUCUGAACAUGUCCAUUGAGAAACGGUGUGCCCUAAUAAACAUAACCCUCUUGUCCAUGAGGGCACGGUUUGAGUUUACAUUAUAGGAGCUGCAGCCACCAGAUGGCUCCACUACCACCCAUAAGUGGAAUCCACUCUCGGCACAACACUGCAUGUACCCAAGUCUGUCUGUGCCAAAAGUGGCCUUACAUACACAGGGAGAGAGGUGCCCGCUGUCAGGGUGGGGGUGCCAGCAUAUUGUUCUGGAGUGGGGGGAAGGGGACCAGGGAGUAUGUUUGGAGGCCAUUCCAGCUGACUUUUUUUUUUUUUCUCGCGCCAUCUCACCUUUAUUUUUGCGCCUAUGCUAUUUCCAUUGCUGCUUCUUUUAGUUGAUAUUCUUUUCAAAUUGAUUUUCAAGUGAGAUUUUGUAUUUGUUGCCUUUUAGGAUUUAUUUUACAUUGUGUUGAUUGGUUUUCUCGGUUAUGAUCACUUGUUAGUUUUUUUGGGGGGGGUGGUGUUAUCAUGUAAUGGAAGUCUUAUUUUUAUUCACCUUGAUUGCCUUUCUGUGUGAGGAAAAGGAGAGAUGGGAGCGUGACAAUAGGAUAGAAGUAUAGAGUUGUGGACAGGGGGAGUGUACUGUGCAGUGAACCUAUUGUACUUAGCAAGCGAGGGUCAGACACAGGGGGUGACUGACAACACCUGGUUUACUGUGUGUGCCCCGCCCCCAGUUUUGGAUGUGUUUGGAUGCAUUGCACCCAUGGUCUCAAUAUCACACACUACUCGAUGCUGAGAUGCUAUCACACCACUCUGGAGAAUGUUUUCUCUACACUUUUGCCUUACAUGUAUGUAACACCCUGCCUUGUCAUUUUGUUUGUGUAUGUACAUUACACAAUCUGUCGGCUUGGUAACUUAUUACCAUUUCCUUUGCCACAUUUAACCAUCUGCCUUUCCUAUGUUGCUCUCUAGAACUAAACAUUGGCAACUAAAUUGUAAUAGCUUGAAUUCUUACAAAGUAUAACUCUCUUUCCAUGUGUUUGCUGUGCCAUAGUUAUGUGCACUUUGUGUAAGCAUGUAACCGUGUGGGUGCAUUCUAAAUUCUGUCCACGCCUUUGUAUGUGAGCAUGUGAACAAUGAAGAGUAUGUGUUGCUCAUGUCUCUCCUCAAGGUUCUGUUAUUGCUGCGGAUGACCAUCAUGAACUGACUCAACGUGUGUGUGUGUUUGAGUGAUAACACUACCCAUGAAGUAGACCCCCUGUGUGUGUGUGUGUGGCUUCACUGAAUGCCAGAGGAAGUGAUAUGUGGGGAAAGAGGGUUACAGGAAAAUCAGGAAUAGUAACAGAGGACUUAGACUAAAAACAUUUUUGUUCUGAAUCAUAUUCUUUGCUUUAUUAUUAUUUUGUUUACCAUGUGCUUUUCAUAAACCAUUGACAUUCACCUUA